CGCGGAGGCCAUGCCGCGGAAGCUGGGGCGGAAUCGGAAUCGGAACCUCGCGGCGGCGGCGGCGGCGGCGAUGGGGAGCGAGGCCGCGUGGGAAGCCCGGGCCAUGCGACAGCGACGGUGUGGAGGUGGAGCCGCCACGUGGGUACACUCGCUCGCACGUGUGCGCGUGGCAGUGGAGCUGCCACGUGGACUCUUACUGGCCGUUGGAUCGGAGGAGGCCCCAAUGGCCUUGCCUCUGCCGGGCCCACCUGCCAGUGAGCCGCCGCUGCCGCUGCCGCUUUCCACAAUUCCACCUGGUGAGCAGAACCCCUCCGACACCACGCCGCCGCCGCUUCCGCUCGCCGGCACGUCACCGGGGAAGUCGGAGGGUGUAGUGGUGUACAUGUAUUCCUUCCUACCCCUUCCUUCAGAAUGUGUGUACAAUGCAAAAGAAGACGACAAACUUCUCCGGUGUUCCUCGCUGGCCCGAAAUUGCACCCCUUCUAAACAAUUCAGUUACACACUUACAUGGCCCGAUUAAAUGGAGGGAAACUGUACCCAGUCCAGUCGAUUUACAAUCCUCAGGUGUCUUCAGUUCGGUUGCCAAAGAAUUCAGGUCUACCAAGAAACUUGAGGAAGACUCUGUCCCAUCAUGACAAGCUUUCAAAUCGUCUCACUUUCAUACCAGCAGCCUUGUAUAAGAGUGCUUCCUCAAAUUUGGAGAACCACCAGCCUUCCAAACAGGUUAUCAGGACCUGGUGCGAUGCCGACGUGGUGUGCUUUGACGUCGACAGCACGGUCUGCCUGGAUGAGGGCAUCGAUGAGCUUGCGGAUUUCUGCGGGGCAGGUCAGGCCGUUGCCCAGUGGACAGCUAAGUAAUCAAAAAGUUGUUAGCUUCUGGAGCUGUAGCCAAGGCCAUGACUGGAUCGGUGGCAUUUGAAGAGGCGCUUGCUGCUCGUCUAUCUCUAUUCAAGCCAUCCAUUGAACAAGUACAGGACUGUAUAGCAUAGGCCACAAAGGAUAUCUUCUGGAAUAGAUGAACUGAUCGAGAGGCUAAAAGCUAGAAAUACUGAUGUGUAUCUUGUUUCUGGGGGCUUCAGACAGAUGAUCAAGCUGGGGUGCCCACUCCUACUGUGCCAAGACUCGCGUAGUUAUCCGUAACUACGCCCUAAGGAGCUGAGCAGCCGGACCCCUGGGGUCUGACUCCAUCUCACCGGACCAACGGUCCCAGACCCGCUUCCCGCUCGGGGACGGGUCCGGUGUCACCACGUGUCCCAGAGGUGGAAAUGCUCAGCACCUGUGGCCGCGGACCCGGACUCCCGCAGGUGGGUCCGGGACCUCCACGUGCCAUCCGGACUCCCGCAGAUGGGUCCGGGACCUCCACGUGCCUAUCCGGACCCCCGUGAGCUCUCGGCUCAGCUAGCUGCUCGGGAGGGGUCCGGAGCCGCCACGUGUCACGCAGACGCGGGCACGGGCGCAAGCCUUCCGCUGGAAGCUCCCUCACCCACCCGCAUUAAGUGCGAGUGGUUGAGGCGGGCUCUGCUGCCUCUGGGCACGGGGCAGCUUUUGUCAGUCCACACUAUGGAUCGCCAGUUACCGAGGCGGCUCGUCAGUUAUCAAGACAAGCAUUAAAGACUCAGCGCCGUGCGCAUGGGCGACGAGUCAUGAUGACCAGCUACUGACUGGAGCAAUAAUGCAUGCUGCUACAGUGGACUGAGUCAAGAGUUCGGCACUUCAUGAUGGCCUCGACGAGCGGCUGCAGAGGCUAGACUCUACUCUGACAGGACAGUUCAAGACCAUCCCUGGUCAGAAGCUACGCACGGAAGCCGACGACAAGAUCUCCGUAUCUGAGGCAUUGAAGGCCAAAGUAUAGUUUAUAAUACAUCGUCGGGUCCACAUGCCGGGGCCCCGCUCAGUGUACGUGCUCCCCUUGGACAUAUAAAAGGGAGAGCACGCCCGCUAGAACACAUAUACACACUGACUCACUCUGGACUCGGCACUAGACACGCCGAAGCUCUCUCAGACUCAAGCAAUACAACACACAGUGGACGUAGGGUAUUACGCUCCGGCGGCCUGAACCACUCUAAACCUGAUGUGUUCAUCGUGUUCUUCCAGCGAGAUCGAACUAGUCCUAGCUAAUCCCUCGAGUUCAUACUCCCUUAGGGCUUAGGCGGGUGCAUUCCGCCACCCGGCUGUGGGUUUGCACACCACGAUAAUGUUUCUUUAGCCUUACAUUCGACACAGUUUCAAAGAUUAUAGAAAAAACAAAACCACAUUCUUCCAUUAUUUGGGAUACAUUCUUUUCCUCAUAAACUGAUAUGUGUUACACUCUUGAUUUAUAAAAAAAUGUAAUAGGUUUUGGUAAUUUUUAAGUUGCUUUCCAUAUUCAGCAAAAUCUGUUUUUACCUACCCAUUGCUCAUUCUGCCAGCCUGUUGCAUUGGAGCUUGGUGUUCCCCUUGAGAACAUUUUUGCUAAUCAAUUACUGUUUGGAACCUCUGGAGAGUAUGUGGGGUUUGACCCCACUGAACCUACUUCACAAAGUGGGGGUAAAGCUGUGGCAGUUCAACACAUAAGACAGGUAUGAAUGCAACUCUUACCACUGCACCUUUUUUCAGCUUGGCGCUUGGAACAUUGUUGAUACUGUAGUUCAUGAAGAAAUGCAGGUACAAGUCAGUUGUUAUGAUUGGAGAUGGUGCAACUGAUCUUGAGGGGCGGAUCUAGCGUGGGGGCUGGGGGUGCGCCAGCCCCCCCUACGUGCUUGCACAUUAAGGAAAAAUAGAGGAGGAAUGAGGGGAAGAAGAAGAGAAGAAAGAAGGAGAGGGGGGGCUGGAGGAGGAAGAAGUAUGUCAGCCCCCCCUGUCCAUGAAUCCUGGAUCCGCCACUGCCUGAAAGGCUAACUGGUUAACUGUUAAUAGUUUACCAUUUCUAUUGUCUUUACAUAAGAUAGAGGAAUGGUAAGAGGGUCUAUUGAAUUUGCAAGCCUGAUCACUUUCAUCAUUGAGACAUGAAUGAGUUCGUUCUUCUCAUUCUGAUAUAAGUAUUGCAAUCUGAAAAGAUGAUCCCUAGUUUUGAUCAUACUGAUAUUAACUCAGUGAUGGUUUAGAACUUUAUAUAUUGUUUAUCUGUUACUGCUUAAAGGAAACCAUCCAGUUGAGAAGCAUCUUAAGUUCAUGUUUAUGCAUAUGGCCUGUCAGGCUCGGCAACCUGGUGGAGCGGACUUGUUUAUCUACUAUGGAGGAGUCCAGAUGAGGGAGGCAGUUGCGAGAAAAGCCGACUGGGUUGUCUCUGAUUUUCACGAGCUGAUGGCCUACUUGGCAUAAUGUUAUUUCCAGCAAGACUGAUACUGAUUCUUGCACUAAUUGAUGAAUAAUUAACUAUCCGCGGAAACCCCUUAGGUUGAACAUCGGGUUCUAGGACCCCUGAGGUGGGGCAAGAAUUGGCAGGUUCUUGUGUGUAUCCGCUCCACUUUAUUUCAAGAACCUCAAGAAUGGAGUUCCAUGAUGGGUGAACCUUUUUUUUUGUGUUGACCUCCAUCCUUUUGUCUCGAUGUUUAGGGUUUUGGGGGAGUUCUAGAAAUAAGACAGUAUGAGGGAGCAAUUGUUAUCCCCUGGACAAAGAAAAAUGUGAUGUCUAUCUCAUAAUUUGGAGAAUUUUAAGUGAUCUCUUAUCGGUCAUGGAUAUCAUCAAUCAAGUCGAACAUCCGCUACAGUCUGAUCAAGUUCACCUUUCAUCGCUGCAAACCUUGCCUUCUGUUUGGAGGCGAUACAUCCACUGCAUUUCGAAAACCAUCAAUUGGAACUGAUUGGAGUGUACUUGAUUGUGGGAACAGAUGGAUCAAACAAAUGGCACAAUUUAUUUUGGAGUAUUCCCUCCAUUAUAAAUUAUAAGUGUCUUUCUGUUCUAGAUACAUUGUUUUUCUAUGUAUCUAGACAUAACGUAUGUCCAGAUACAUGGUAAAAUCUAUGUAUCUGGAAAAUCCAAAACUACCUAUAAUUUGGAAUGAAGAGAAAUAUACAAUAAUCAAAGAUAAAACAAAUUUUGUACCAGCUUUUGGAUGGAGGGGUUCGUUCUUGCCGCACGGGGGUGGCCCAAGAUGAGCGUGCAACGGCAGUGACUUGGUCGUGUUCCAACAUUGGCGGCGCAAGGGGGUGGUGAGGGAACCUGCCAUGGAGGACGAGAGCUCACCGGUGGUUCUAUUUCUUAAGGUCGAGUGGUGAGGAAAGGACCGAAGGAGUGGGCGCGGAGCUCGCACGACGUCAAUGGCAGCUGGGUGGUGAGGGAACGUGCCAUGGAGGACGAGAGCUCACCGGUGGUUUUUAUUUACCUACAUUUAAUGCUCCAUGCAUGAGACAAGAGAUUUGAUGUGAUAGGUGAAUAGUGAAGUUUGGAGAGAUAAAUUUUGGAACUAAACACAGCCUUGAUAGUUUUCCAAUUUGUUCCCUUUUUAAGGAGUGCCUUCAUUUUGCAAAAACAGGGGCAAAAUCACACAUUUGAAAAAAUAAGAGAAAAAUUACUAAUCCUCUUCGAACCAGGGACAAGAACACCAAAUUCCUAUGGAUGGAAAGAGUCCUAAAUUCCUAAUCGGCAACAAGCCACAAAAAGAUUACUGCACCACAUUUUUACUGUGCUAAAUUACCGAUUUGGCCCUGUUUCAAAUGGUGAGUUUGGUGACCCCAGCCCGCCCUAAACGCCUUAAACCCACCCUAACCAGUGGCCUUCACUCCUCGCCUCCACACUCUGCUCUUAAGCCUCACGCCGCCGGGGGCGGCGCUGAGAUCUGCAGCCGCGUCUCCCCGCCUCCUCCUCCUCGUCCUGAUCUGCGGUGCUAGCGUAGAGCGGAGACGGACGGAGCACCCGUCCCAUCCUGGAUUGAUUUCCUUCCUGUGCACAUAUCAUAAUGUCAUCAUUGUUUUAGCAAAUUCAGGCUUACAUGGCUGGAAGAAAAGAAAAGCAUGUACCUAUUGCAUGCCACGCAAGCAGUGGUAGAAUCACACGAUCUAAAGCUGCUGUGAAUCGUACAAGAUCUGGGGUGGCUCCUUCUAUACCACUUCCUCUUAAAGCCGAACAAAAACAUGCAGCAAAAGGCAAGAAGAAAAGGGAAGCUUCAGAUGAAAAUUCUUAUGACAAUGCUGGAGCUUCAGCUCCUCAACCUAAAAAGCGCAUAGUUCUCAAGAAUGUAACCAACAUAAGCUGCGCUAACGCUUGCAAAAAAUGCACUGCUGCAACUAAGUUGCAGUCGGGGCCUUCCCAGAAGGUUGGACGGAGCAUAAACAAGCAGUGUUCAAAUAAGAUCCCCAAGCUUCUCCCUCUAGCUGCUGGGGGGAGUUCAUUUGUGAAUGAUCCUAACAGUGCUGAAGAAACACAAAAGGUAGACCUUUUGGCACAGAAAAAGAAGCAGACUGUUUUGGUUGAAAACAAGGGGGCUCUGUCAUUACAGAAUAUUGAACAAAACAGAGACAUUGCUUUUCAUGAGGCAUUCUUUGAGGAAAGGAAUGCCAGGAAUAAACUCGAAACUGCUGCCUUAAAGGCUGGGGGCUCUGAUGGUUUAAACAUUGUAGAUAUUGAUAAAAAUAAUGGCGAUCCUCAAAUGUGUGUUACCUAUGUUGCGGAGAUAUACAGAAAUCUAAUGGCCUCAGAGCUUAUAAGAAGACCUAGGCCAAAUUACAUGGAAACUUUGCAACAGGACAUCACAAUGAACAUGCGAGGUCUUCUAAUUGAUUGGCUUGUUGAGGUUUCUGAAGAAUAUAAGCUUGUGGCAGAUACACUUUACCUUACAGUAUAUCUUAUUGACCAAUUUCUUUCUCAGAAUUGUAUCGAAAUGCAGAAACUACAACUUCUUGGAAUAACCAGCAUGCUGAUUGCCUCGAAAUAUGAAGAGUUCUGUGCUCCUAGUGUGGAAGAAUUUUGUAUCAUAACAGACAGUACAUAUCAAAAGGCUGAGGUUCUGGAAAUGGAGCGUAAAGUGCUUGAUGACCUGGGAUUUCAUUUAUCUGUUCCAACAGCAAACAUAUUUCUCAGGAGAUUCCUAAGAGCAGCACAGGCUUCUUGUACAGCUCCUUCGUCUACAUUGUGUUAUCUGGCCAAUUAUCUAGCAGAGUUGACUUUGAUCGAUUAUGGCUUCCUGAAAUUUCUUCCUUCAGUGGUGGCAGCAUCUUCAGUUUUCCUUGCAAGAUGGACACUUGACCAAUCAGACCAUCCAUGGAACCCUACUCUUGAGCACUACACCUCUUACAAAAGUUCCAAUAUUCGAAUGUGCGUGUGUGCUCUACAGGAACUACAACACAACACCAAUAAUUGCCCCCUCAAAUCCAUUCGUGAGAAGUACGGACAGCCAAAGUUUGAGUGUGUCGCCAACCUGAGAUCACCAGAGCUGCUGCAGUCACUCUUCACAUGACAAGCUCCCUGCUGAUUCAACCAUUUGCUGCAACCAUCCUAAGACCACAUCACCAAACUUACUCUUCGUCGGUCUCCUUGCACUGCCUCAGAGCAGUUAUGUUCCCGAACUUUUUUCUGGUCUUGCAUUAGACUUAGAAUAGAAUUAUUCGCAUUUGUUUCAACCGGCAUAAAAAUUACCUGCAUGUAAAGCCACGUGUGUGCAGGCUGCUGCCCUGAGUUGAUAAUUGUAGGAUUGUACCUACCAAUCCUUCGAUCGAUAUAAUUAUGAUGCAUUUCGUAAUA